UUUAAUUUCGUUGAGUCACCUGUCAAAAUUGUAUCUUUUGUUGUGGUCAAUAAUACACAUUGUUUUUAAUAUGUUUUUAUAAUAGAAUUCAACUAUUUGCGUGUGCUCAAUAUAAAUAGUCGAUUUCAGAAAUGGCUGGUUCUGCUGUGAGAAGAUUAUUAGCUGAAUACAAGCAAUUAACAUUAAAUCCUCCCGAGGGCAUAAUAGCUGGUCCCAUAGAUGAAGAUAACUUCUUCGAAUGGGAAGCUUUGAUUACUGGACCCGAAGGAACGUGUUUCGAGGGUGGAGUAUUCCCAGCAAAGCUAAUAUUCCCGCGAGAUUAUCCACUAAGUCCACCCAAAAUGCAAUUUACUUGUGAAAUGUUCCAUCCGAAUAUUUAUUCAGAUGGAAGAGUUUGCAUUUCCAUAUUGCAUGCACCAGGGGAUGAUCCCAUGGGUUACGAGUCCAGCGCGGAACGUUGGUCCCCUGUGCAAAGUGUGGAAAAGAUUCUGUUAUCAGUUGUAAGCAUGUUAGCAGAGCCCAACGACGAGAGCGGAGCGAAUGUUGACGCAGCAAAAAUGUGGCGAGAGAAUCGAGAUGAGUUUAAUAAAAUUGCGGAGAGGAUCGUCAGGAGAACAUUAGGUAUUCCUGCAUAGGUAAUUUGCAAAUAAAAUAGCAUUUCAGCAA